UCAGCCAGAACGUCCGCAGAUCAGUUCGGAGUCAGUGAUUAGACGGUUUGGUUUGCAGAGAGCAUCGAUUGGCGGCGGGUUCUAGCAGCACACAGCAAAUCCUCCAUCAGCCCCAGUUUGCCCUUUCCGUGAUAGGAAAAUCCUUUUUUGCGUGAGUGCAACAAGCUGCAAUAAGGUCAGUGGUCGCGCGCGCGGAAUUGCUGUUAGCCGAAAGCCGCCACUUCGAUGCGAACCGGUUGAAACGUUGUUGAUCUUGACAGUGAUUUUCACGAUCAGUGCCGUGAGUGGCGCGCGAAAAGUGGAGAGUUUAGUGGACUACUAGUUCGGACAGUGGAGAGUGAGAGUGAAAGAGUGAGAGAGCUUUGGCCGCCGCACGAGACGCAAUCGAUCGAUCAUCAUGCAGCUGCUGCACGUUGCCGGGUUGUUGGUGAUAUUGAACUUAGGGCUGAGUUACGCCUUUUUGGAACCCGUCCUGACCGUUUGCAAACGAAAGGACCCCAACGUAGACAAAUGCAUUACGGACAUUGUCGAGCGGAUACGACCGAACAUUGCCAGCGGCAGCUACGGUUCCGCCAACCAACACCCCAAGCUGGAACCGGUGGUCAUCGAUAGGAUCAGCAUCGAGCGUGGCCCGUCGUUCUCGGCUAACUUCUCCAAACUGUCCAUCGGCGGUGCGUCGCAGUUUAUCAUCAAGAAGCUCAAAACUGAUCUGGCGAAACAGCACAUCAAUGUGAGUGUCAUCAUACCAUCGCUCGAUGUCUCCGGAAAGUACUCUUUGAACAUGAACAUUUUGGUUCUGCGUAUUGCCGGCAAGGGAGACAUCAAGGCUGUUUUGAACGACACCAAGGCGAUCCUGAAGCUCGAAUACUUCAGCGAGAACGUCGGCGGCAAGCAGUUGGCGCGCUUCCGGCCGAUCGACCUGCGGCUCAAGUUCGACAAGGCCACCUUCUUCCUGUCCAAUCUGUUCAACGGUGACCCAUCGCUGGAGAAGGUCGGCAACGACGCCAUCAACGAGAACCCGAUGGUGCUGCUGGACGAGGUGAAGCCCUCCUUCGAGGAGAAUCUCUCCAUCAAGUUCACCGAACUGGCAAACAGCCUGGUGAAGGACGCCGAGUUGAGCGAGAUCUUCCCCGAGUAAGGGCGGCACCCGACCCGCGCCGCGAGGAGAGUAGAGGAUUGGACUGACCGGUCAACUGUAAAGCUACUUGCUAGUUUGCUACCUGUACGAAUGAUUAGGCUGUAAGUUUUUCACCUGCUUGUUGGGUGGCUGGAGACUGUAAUAAAAUGGAUUUUAUGUAUGUCUAUAAGUA